GCGGCGAGGACAGCAUCCGGAGGUGGCCCCGCGCUAGGCUACAAAGACCCCCGGCAGCGCCUCUCAACUGACUGAUUCAACUUGAACUGCGUCAUGUCCUUCGGCAGAGACAUGGAGCUGGAGCACUUUGAUGAGAGGGAUAAGGCCCAGAGAUACAGCAGAGGGUCGCGGGUGAAUGGGCUGCCCAGCCCCACACAUAGCGCCCACUGCAGCUUUUACAGAACCCGCACGCUGCAGACGCUCAGCUCCGAGAAAAAGGCCAAGAAAGUUCGUUUUUAUCGAAAUGGAGAUCGGUAUUUCAAAGGGAUUGUGUAUGCCAUCUCCCCAGACCGGUUCCGAUCUUUUGAAGCCCUGCUAGCUGAUUUGACCCGAACUCUGUCGGAUAAUGUGAAUUUGCCCCAGGGAGUGAGAACAAUCUACACCAUUGAUGGGCUCAAGAAGGUUUCCAGCCUGGACCAACUGGUGGAAGGAGAGAGUUAUGUGUGUGGCUCAAUAGAGCCCUUCAAGAAACUGGAAUACACCAAGAAUGUGAACCCCAACUGGUCUGUGAAUGUGAAGACCACCUCAGCAUCCCGGGCAGUGUCAUCACUGGCUACUGCCAAAGGGAGCCCUUUGGAGGUGCGGGAGAAUAAGGAUUUCAUUCGGCCCAAACUUGUCACCAUCAUCAGAAGUGGGGUGAAGCCACGGAAAGCUGUCCGGAUUCUGCUGAACAAGAAAACCGCUCAUUCCUUUGAGCAGGUUCUCACUGAUAUAACUGACGCCAUCAAGCUGGACUCGGGAGUGGUGAAACGCUUGUACACUCUGGAUGGGAAACAGGUGAUGUGCCUUCAGGACUUUUUUGGUGACGAUGACAUUUUUAUUGCAUGUGGACCAGAGAAGUUCCGUUACCAGGAUGAUUUCUUGCUAGAUGAAAGUGAAUGUCGAGUUGUGAAGUCCACUUCUUAUACCAAAAUAGUUUCAUCAUCCCGCAGGAGCACCACAAAGAGCCCAGGUCCUUCCAGGCGCAGCAAGUCACCGGCAUCAACCAGCUCAGUUAAUGGAACCCCUGGUAGUCAGCUCUCCACUCCACGCUCUGGCAAGUCCCCAAGUCCAUCACCCACCAGCCCAGGAAGCCUGCGGAAGCAGAGGGACCUGUACCGCCCCCUCUCUUCAGAUGAUUUGGAUUCAGUGGGAGACUCAGUGUAAAAGAGACAAUGGCGCAAUGUGUAUGGUUUGUGAUUGGGUGAAGGUUACAUAUUUUUAAGCAAAAGUCUAACAGCAAAAUACACAAAAGAGUUUUGCAUACUUUGAAAUUGUGAAGCCGAAGUCAUAUAAGAGUAAAUAUACAGGCAUUUUAUAUUCGAGAUGUUAAUCCUUGAAGGAAUUUUUCUUUUUAUAUCUCCUACAUUAGUUGGGGGAUGUUGAACACAAACUCGCUCCAUUGCUGAGGUUUUUAUGCAAGGCCUGGCUCCAGGUGAAUUUCAAAUAUGGACUCAAUAUUGAGUAUAAGAAUAUGCUAAUCACAUAGCGAUACAGAGUCAUAAUGUCUGUAGCUGGAGUUUUUAUUUUAAUCACAAGUAGACAGAUACAAUUUUUCUGUAUGCUUGGUCAAGCAGAUUAAAAUGGCAGUAAAAUAUAUUUUUUCUUUUAAAAAAGUUAAAUUCUUUUUAAAAUUUAGAUUGCUGAUUUUUAAAGGUACUUUUAUUGCAAAAUAAUAAAAGUGGUCAGGUAGAUUUUUUCUUCCUAGUCAGUAGAUGAAGCUACUUAUCGUUUUGUGGGUUAAUAUAAUUGAGGGACAACACCCAUAUCAAGGACGCAUCUUGUGAAGACUUUAACAUUAUGCAUUAGAAAAUUUCCUUGUUUUUGUUGUUGAGCAAAUUUAAUUUUUAAAAUUAUUUUAUUUUAAACAGUUUAAAUAUAGCUGAAACUAAACACUAACAUGAAGAACUAUAAAUUAUAUAAUUCCUCUCACAACCAUAUAUGUAAUUUUUCAAGUUUGUAAAGCCUGAAGCUAGGAAACUUUGUUUUUAACACAACAGACACAAAAAAAUUGUAUCUGGACUUCUUCCAAAAAAUCAAUUUGAAAAGCAAAAUUCUUUUAGCAGACCCCAAAUAUGCAAACCUCCAUUCUAAUAAAUCCUGGAUCUUGCUAGUGUCUUGGAAAUUUUCAUAUGCAAAACUCCUUUUGUGUUAAACCAAGUAAGUCUAUGAUUAUAACUCAUUGUUAACAUUAACCUGCUAAUUCUGCUCUUCUAGUCUUCUCUUUAAAAAUUAUGGUCAGCUUUUCUUAAACAUAAAAUAAUUAUUUUUAAAUCUGAAUGUUAAAGUAAUUUAAUGUUUAUGGUCUGUUGUAUUUAAGCCAUAUCCUAGUGAUCAUUUAGUUUUGCUAACCACUAACAAUUUAAGACUUGUGAAGCAUGGUUUUAAUAUUCUACAGCCUUGACAUAUCUCAGUAGGUGAUAAAUUAAAAAUGUAUGAUGCCAUUUGGAGGCUUUUAUUUGAUUCCUCCCCCCCAAAUUUACUUGAAAAUGAAUUUUAAAACAAAAUGUUUUAUUCAAGAUGGAGAGAAAUUCAGUUGUCUUAUACUGUUUAAAAUGUUACUAAUUUAACUCCUUGAUAAAUUGCACAACUAUCAAAUUUUACCAUCUGGUUUAUAGUUACAUAUGUUACCAUUUCACUUUCCAAGUGAAUAAAAUAUUCCAACAAAAAAAAAAAGAAGAGAAAAGAAAAAAAGAAAGAAAAGUCCAGGCAAUCCAACGGCAUUUGAAAACUUAGCCUUAUAAUAAUUAGUGCCUCAUUAUCCUGUCUAUUGGAGAGAAAGACACUUCUCUGGCAGGUUAUUGGAGAACCACAAACUGAACCAUUCCAUCUUGAAAGAAGAGUUCAUAAUAAUACCUGUUCCAGACUUCAUGUUAUAAAACUGCUUCCAACAGAAAGGAACAGAGACUCCUGCUGAGAUCAAAAGGCUGCUUUGUUUUAGCUGAAACAGUAAACAUCUGUGAAGUUGCCUCUGCUGGUGUCUGUUCUAGUUAUGUCUUUGUAAAAAGCAUUACUUAAUAUAGUUGAGUCCACAAAAGAUUAGUAUGUAUUUAACUGAACUGUCCAAAAUGCAAAGACGGCAGUGGAGCAGUUAACUAAAUCUGGUGGCGUCAGAUGGUCCAGAACAAAAAUAAAUUCCAAUAAUUUUAACUUCCUUGCACUGUCAAUCUUAUGGACAACUACUGCUUAGAAAGGUCCAAUAAAUGUUAUUUGUCCUGGAUAAGUGGCAGAUAUUACCAACUGAUAUGAAGUCCAUGACCUUGUUUAGACAUGGCAAAAAAACAAAAAAUAAAAAUAAACUGGACUUGUACUAACUGACGAUAUCAUGGCCAACUUUCCAUUCAAGCAGUUCCAAGGGAAAUGCUGUUCUAGGGCAUUUAAUCUUUUCAACAUAUGACUUUUAUUAAAGGACUGUUCAGCAGCAAUGUUUAUCAUUUACUUUUUGAAACUGAAGUCCCUUAGAGAUUGAAACAGCACACCAUUUAUAGACUUUGAGAUCUCUUUUAUGCGGAGCAUAAUUCUAUUAUACUAAAGCAGAAAUAAGUAAAAAAUAUUCUUAGGAGCAAACCAGAAGUUUUUAGUUCAUCAGUAGAACCAAAUUGAUGAUUUAUAGGCAAUUAAAAUUUACUUACAUAUAGAAUUCUUUUAUUAAAAAAAUAGACACUGAAUUUUAAACUUGUUCUACUGAACAGGAGAAAACUCCAGCAAAAACAUGCAUUUUUGUCCUUAUGGUAAACUUUAAAUGUGCUAAAGGCUCUAGUUCAAAAUUUGGUAGUUUUUCAUUUGCACUCACUAUUUUUUCUUAGACAUCAUAGAAAAGAAUAUAAUAAAUAUUUCCCUGCUUUCAGUAUUUUAGAAAUGCAAAACCCAAUAAUAUAUCAAGUAUAAAAUUCAGUGUGAAUUCAAAGGACUGGUUCUGAAAACCAUGUGGCUUGUUUCUUCUUUGUCUUGCUUAAUCAGUUAAGGGGGGAGGGGGGGAGCAUCCACAAUGUUUCUAUACUGUCAUAGGCUUUUAAAAAGUGUAAGGUCCACCCAUCUGUACACAUACCUGUGUUUAUAUAUUGGCUCAUCUAAAUAUUAAAAAAUCAAAUAAGAUUUUCUAGAAACAUUUUGAACCAGCAUUUAUAUACUAUAUGUGUUCCCUACGUUACUCAGGAGGGAUAAUAUCCACUGAAGAUGUAUACAUGAUUGGGCUCUUUUUAAAAAAAUUAAAAAAACAAUGAAGCCUAAGAGCCACGUUUCUUAAUACAAAUGAAUGAAAAUAUAGAAUAAUAUUCCUGAAAAAUAAUUCUAUAUAUUUUAGCCAUUGGACUGUUAAUUUUUUUAUAUGUGGCCUUAUAUCUAUACAGGUAUGUGGGUGUUAAUGUAAAUUUACAGGGCUCAGUGUGUAUAUGGUUGUGCUUAUAUAAGUAUUUGUGUGUGUGUGUGUGUGUGUGUGUGUGUGUGUAUAUAUAUAUAUGCCAUAAACAGUAACACAUAGUAUUUGUGACACAGUGUUCUAAGUUACUGGCUCUUGUGGAAUUAUAUGUAAAACCUUCAUGUCAUACAUUAUUACAUGUGGCAUAUUAUUUAGAGCAUGUUUAAGUUCAAAAGUAGUUUGCUAAAUUUGUAUGGUAAAACAAUUCCAAAUAGUCAGAUGUAGUAAUUUCUUCUAAAUUGAAAUCCUGAUAACACACAAAAAAAUUGAAAUUUAGAAAAAUCCAGUUUGUGUUAACUGUUAAAUAUAAGCACACAUUAAUAUUUAUAUUGUUAUGUCUUGAUAUUCAAUUAUUAAAAUGAAUACUAUCACAGAUAUUUCUCUAAUGGGUAUGUAUUGAUGACAUGUAAUGAUUGUCAAUCAAUAUUCACUAAAAAUUAAAUAUUGUUUUAUAGAUUUGUGAGUAGAUGAGUGUUAUGUUGAAACAUAAAUAUAAGAGAAUCCAAACUAUAUUCAAUUUAAACUAAGUUUAAUAACAAACCCAGAUAACUUAUAAGGCAAUUUUGUAUGUUCUUUCAAAACACUAUUCUAAACUGUUGACGUAUUUUCAGUAGUAACCUUACUAUACUUGCAAAAACAGCCUAACUUGCUAUAUGUGUGUAUAUAUCUAUAUA